AUGUCUAGUACUGAAGAAGACAGUGUUCCUAUACUUCCUGACGAUUCUGCUGGAAGUUCUGUUUCGUCCUGUCUCCAAGAUGAAUACCAAGAAUUGUUAAAAUAUGCUGUCAUUCAACCAAACUUUGAACCAGGGCAAAUGCCGCAGACUGUGGCGGAAGCUAUGAGAGCUUUUCAAGAUAAAAAAGAUGAUUUGAUAUAUCCAGAUUCAUCAGUUACAGAAGAUGCAAGUGAUGCUGCAGGGCAGAUUGAGGCCAUGAAAUCGUUUAAAGAAACAGGAGCUAUGGAUAGCACAUUAGAAACAACAAGAGAGACCCCAAGAAGAGAUAUACCAGUUCAAAUGACACCAAUGCAUGCCUUUCCUGGUGCGAACAACUUUCCUGCAUCUCCAGACACUCCGGAGUCGUCCACCGACAGUGAUCAAUCUAGUCUCAGUAUUCCUGAGUCGCCAGUCGUGGAUGGCGAUGUGGUCAGAAUGGAAGCUCAGUUAGACAACUGGUGUCUGGAUCUCAAGAGGGAUGUACUAGCGGAGUUCGCGCAGGCUAAGAUAGGACUUGUGGAGAGACAUCGAAACCAACUCAGAGGUGAAAAAGAAAGGCAUGCUAAGGAAAUCCACGGGAUGCACAAUGAGAUAGAAAGUCUAAAAGAGCUGCUACACACGUAUGAACAGUCAAUAGAAAGAAAAAACCAAGUGAUUUCUAAUCUUACCCAUGCGAUGCAGAAACAGAGGGAGAGGUUUGAAAUGCUGAAGAAAUUUCACUCAUGGAAACUGAGACACUGUGAUGACAGACGUGAAGCGUUUGCAAGCUGUUUAGCUCGGAAACACCACCACCACCAGAUAAUGUCUAAAGUAUGGUCUGCAUGGCAUAGUAUAAUAGAAGCCAAGUGGAGACAGAGAGUAGAGAAAGCUUGCCAGUCUAAAGCACAGGAA